CCUUCAUGGCGGCGAAUCUCGUCAGUCAUGCCAUUUCUUUCCCAACCUCCUAUUCUUUCUCGCGCCUCUCGAGACUCCCAAAUUCUUAGUAGUCGGGGUGAGUACACUGGGCUCCAGCGAGGUCAUCAUGCUGGUUGUUGUAGCCGCCAAACGAAGGUGAGAAUUACGGACCACAUGUGUUGGAAGAAGGCCGCUCUUUAUCACGACAUAGAACCAUGCUACACGUCUUUGCCUGCAGGGAUUAUAUACACUCGAUACGCAAAAGGCAGUUUCGCUAGUGGACGGCAACACUAUAAGUUAGGUGCAAAUUUCUUCUUGUUUCAUGGAUAG